GUAGUUUAGGUAUCACAAAGUUAAAUGUCUGACUCUGACGUGACGUGACACGCCUACGUGGAUUCUCUGCUCUCUUCCUUUGUCCAGAAACCAGGGAGAGAGAGAUGAAGCAUCAAACAAGGGAAAAAAAACGAAAACCAGAAGAGAAAAUUCCGAGGGAAAACGCGAAAAAAUUCUUACGUUCUGCGAGAAUCUCCAGCUUUCCUGGGAAAUAUUGAAAAGGGAAAAGCCGGAAGGGUUUAAGGUCUCUGUUAUCGUCGGAGAAAUUAGAAAUUUCGUCCGCAAAACGUGAAUGUAGCCUUAAUUUAACGUCGAUCAGAGAUUUUGAAGCUAGUAUAGAGAGAAGCGUUGGUGAACUAUUUUUGUCUGAUUUAGCGUUUGGAUCCAUGGUGUGGAAACACCAUCUGAUUGGGUUCUCAGGGAUUUUUUAUAAUGUUUCUCCCGUUGGAAAUCUUCAUUCGGGAUUGUUUCUAGGAAAAUCAGACCAGAUUUGGCCGUGAUUAUGGCUGCUACCAUAAAGGUAACUGUGGGGUCGCAUGUCUGGGUGGAAGAUUCAGAUGAAGCCUGGCUAGAUGGAGAAGUUGUGGAAGCUAACGGUCAAGAGAUCAAAGUUAAUUGCCAAACCAAGACGGUUGUGGCAAAGGUUAAUGCUGUCCACCCCAAGGAUCCUGAGUUUCCUGAACUUGGUGUGGACGACAUGACAAAGCUUGCCUAUUUGCAUGAACCAGGGGUUCUUCUCAAUCUAAAAGCCAGAUACAAUGCAAAUGAAAUAUAUACAUACACAGGGAAUAUACUGAUAGCUGUGAAUCCCUUUAAAAGAUUACCCCACCUAUAUGGAAAUGAGAUAAUGGAGCAAUAUAAGGGCACAGAUUUUGGCGAGUUAAGCCCACAUCCUUUUGCAGUUGCUGAUUCUGCAUACAGAAAAAUGAUCAACGAGGGAGUAAGCCAGGCGAUCUUGGUGAGUGGAGAAAGUGGUGCUGGGAAGACAGAGAGCACAAAGAUGCUCAUGCAAUAUCUUGCAUACAUGGGUGGAAAAGCUGAGAGUGAAGGACGAUCUGUCGAACAGCAAGUUUUGGAGUCAAAUCCAGUUCUAGAAGCUUUUGGUAAUGCAAAAACCGUCAGAAACAAUAAUUCAAGUCGUUUUGGUAAAUUUGUGGAGAUUCAGUUCAAUCAUAUGGGAAGAAUCUCAGGAGCUGCUAUUAGAACAUAUUUGCUGGAGAGGUCACGAGUUUGUCAAGUUUCUGAUCCUGAAAGAAACUAUCAUUGCUUUUACAUGCUUUGCGCUGCGCCAGAACAGGAAACUGAGCGGUAUAAGUUAGGGAAACCAAGCACAUUUCACUACUUAAAUCAAUCGAAUUGCCAUGCAUUGGAUGCACUUGAUGAUUCCAAAGAAUACCUAGCUACGAGGAAAGCUAUGGACGUUGUUGGGAUUAGUCCUGAAGAACAGGAUGCAAUCUUUCGGGUAGUUGCUGCUAUCCUUCAUCUAGGAAACAUCGAGUUUGGAAAGAGCGAAGAAUCAGAUGCUGCAGAACCUAAGGACGAUAAAUCCCGGUUCCAUCUAAAAGUGGCUGCAGAACUCUUCAUGUGUGAUGAGAAAGCUCUAGAGAACUCCUUGUGCAAUAGGGUGAUGGUGACUCGUGGUGAAAGCAUUACAAAGCCUCUUGAUCCCGGUAGUGCAGCACUAAGCAGAGAUGCUCUUGCCAAGAUUGUCUAUUCUAAAUUGUUUGAUUGGCUUGUGACUAAGAUCAAUAAUUCCAUUGGCCAAGACCCAAGUUCUAAGUACAUAAUUGGAGUCCUGGAUAUUUAUGGAUUCGAGAGUUUCAAGACAAACAGUUUUGAACAGUUUUGUAUAAACCUGACAAACGAGAAGCUGCAGCAGCAUUUCAAUCAGCAUGUGUUUAAGAUGGAGCAAGAAGAAUAUACUAAAGAAGAGAUUGAUUGGAGUUACAUAGAGUUCAUUGAUAAUCAAGAUGUCCUUGACCUUAUAGAAAAGAAACCUGGUGGAAUCAUUGCUCUUCUCGAUGAGGCUUGUAUGUUCCCAAGAUCAACACAUGAUACACUGGCAGAAAAGCUAUACCAGACAUUUGGUAGCCACAAGCGUUUUACCAAGCCGAAAUUGGCUCGUACAGACUUUACCAUCUGCCAUUAUGCUGGUGAUGUCACUUAUCAGACUGAACUGUUUUUAGACAAGAACAAAGAUUAUGUUGUUGGAGAACAUCAAUCUCUCAUGAACUCUUCAGAUUGUUCCUUUGUCUCAUCGUUGUUCCCAAAAUCGCGAGAGGAGUCUUCCAAAUCAUCAAAGUUCUCAUCAAUAGGCUCUCAAUUCAAGCAACAACUACAAUCUCUGCUCGAGACGUUGAACACCACAGAGCCACACUACAUACGUUGUGUUAAGCCAAAUAACGUUCUUAAGCCAGAAAUAUUUGAGAACGUUAAUGUUCUGCAUCAACUUAGGUGUGGGGGGGUCAUGGAAGCCAUUAGGAUUAGUUGUGCUGGAUAUCCCACUAGAAAGCCUUUCAAUGAAUUUUUAACCAGGUUCCGAAUUUUGGCCCCAGAGGCAACGGAGAGAAGCUUUGAUGAAGUUGAUGCUUGCAAAAAGCUUCUAGCAAGAGUGGACCUUAAAGGUUUUCAGAUAGGGAAGACAAAGGUGUUUCUUAGGGCAGGUCAGAUGGCAGAACUGGAUGCUCACCGAGCGGAAGUUCUUGGGCAUUCAGCAAGGAUUAUACAGAGGAAAGUCCUUACGUAUCAGUCUCGCAAAAAAUAUCUGCUGUUGCAGUCUGCUUCAACUGAAAUCCAAGCCUUUUGUAGAGGACAUAUUGCACGCGUUCAAUUUAAGGCCACGAGAAGAGAAGCUGCUUCUGUGAGAAUUCAGAAGCAGGCACGGACAUAUAUAUGUCAGACAGCCUUUAAAAAGUUGUGUGUUUCAGCUAUUUCUAUUCAGACUGGGUUGCGUGCAAUGGCUGCUCGAGUUGAAGUUCAAUACAGGACGAAGAGAAAAGCGGCAAUCAUUAUUCAAAGUCAAAUCAGAAGAUGUUUGUGUCGACUGCGGUAUUUGAGAACGAGAAAAGCAGCUAUUACCACUCAAUGUGGCUGGAGAGCGAAAGUUGCACACCGAGAAUUGCGGAAGCUUAAAAUGGCUGCUAAGGAAACAGGAGCCCUUCAAGACGCUAAAACUAAGCUAGAAAAGGAAGUGGAAGAACUCAUUUCAUGCUUAGAGCUUGAGAAAGAAAUGAGGAUGGAGCUUGAGGAAGCCAAAACUCAAGAAGUCGAAGAGUUGCGGUCAGCUUUAAAUGAUAUGAAACUUCAGCUAGGGGAAACUCAAGUAACCAAAAGUGAGGAGAUUUUAAAGUUGCAGUCUGCUUUACAAGACAUGCAACUAGAAUUUGAAGAACUUGCUAAGGAGUUGGAGAUGACAAAUGAUCUUGCUGCAGAAAAUGAACAGCUCAAGGAUUUGGUGAGCUCAUUGCAAAGGAAAAUUGAUGAAUCCGAGACUAAAUAUGAAGAAACAGGUAAGCUAAGUGAAGAGUGGGUAAAACAGGAGGUUCCUGCAAUUGAUCAAGGUGUAAUUAUCAAACUUGAAGCUGAAAAUCAAAAAUUGAAGGCAUUGGUCACUACAUUGGAGAAGAAAAUAGACGCAUUAGACGGAAAGCAUUACGUAACAAGCUCAAACAUCUCAGAUCAGUUGAAAGAGAGUGCUACAUCUGAUUAUGAGAUGUUGAGUAAUCUUGCAGCAGAGAAUGAACGUCUCAAGGCACUUGUGAGUUCAUUAGAGAAUGAAAAUAAUGAAAACGAUGGGAAUGAAUCAUCAAACGAGCAAAAGGAAGGACCACACAUGCUCGAAGAAGAGAGAUUAGCAGAAGAGUUUUUGAUUGAUGAUGAAAUGACCAACAAGCUUGCUGCCGAAAACAAAGAUUUAUACGAUCUGGUAGAUUUGUUGGAAAAGAAAAUAGAUGAAACAGAGAAGAAGUAUGAGGAAGCAAGUAGACUUUGUGAAGAGAGGCUUAAGCAGGUUUUAGACACAGAGACAAAACUAAUCGAGUUAAAAACAUCCAUGCAAAGGCUCGAGGAAAAGGUCUCUGACAUGGAAACAGAAGACAAAAUUCUUAGGAAGCAAGUGCUAUCUAAUUCAGCUUCCCGGAAAAUGUCACCUCAGAUGUCAUUUACAAGACCACCGCCAGUGGAGAACGGACGUCAUGAAUCAUUUGCUCCUAUACCAUCAAGAAGGUUUGGGACAAUGUCUUUUAGGCGAUCUCAGAUUGAACAACAACCCCAUGAAUUUGUUGACGUCCUUCUCAAAUGUGUUUCGAAAAAUGUCGGUUUCAGCCACGGAAAGCCUGUUGCAGCAUUUACUAUUUACAAAUGUCUCAUACACUGGAAAUUAUUCGAAGCAGAGAAAACCAGUGUCUUUGACCGUAUUGUUCCUGUUUUUGGUUCUGCUAUAGAGAACCCAGAAGAUGAUAACAAUUUGGCUUAUUGGCUAACAAACACAUCUACACUGCUGUUCUUGCUUCAAAGAAGCUUGAAAUCUCAUAGUACAACCGGUGCAAGUCCGAAGAAACCUCCUCAGCCAACUUCUUUUUUUGGGAGGAUGACACAGGGUUUCCGUUCAACUUCCUCGGCCAGCCUUUCAGGUGAUGUAGUGCAACAAGUAGAUGCUCGAUAUCCUGCUUUACUUUUCAAGCAGCAGCUUACAGCCUACAUUGAAACUAUAUAUGGAAUAUUUCAAGAGAAUGUGAAGAGAGAACUCGCCCCAGUGCUUUCGUCCUGCAUUCAGGGACUGAAAGAAUCAUCACAUGAGUCCUCUGCAGAGACUUUAUCAGCUGAGUUAUCUGAACAGAAUUCACCAGAAAAUCCAUCUGAAGAGAAUCCACCGGCAAAGCUGUCUGAACAGAAUUCAUCAGCAAAGCCAUCUGAAGAUAAUUCACCAGCAAAGCUGUCUGAAGAUAAGUCACCAGCAAAGCCAUCUGAAGAUAAUUCACCAGCAAAGCCAUCUGAAGAGAACUCACGGGCUAAGCUAUCCGAAGAGAAUCCACAGGAAAAGCUUUCCGAAGUGAAUCCACAGGCAAAGCCAUCCACAGAGAAUUCACUGGCAAAACCAUCUGAAGAGAAUUCACCCACGAAAACUUGGCAAGACGUCAUAGAUCUUUUAAAUCGGCUUCUCAGCACAUUGAAGAAAAAUUACGUUCCUCUGUUUCUUGCUCAGAAGAUUUUCAGCCAAACAUUCCAAGACGUCAACGUUCAACUCUUUAACAGCCUUCUGCAACGUGAAUGCUGCACAUUCAUCAUGGGCAAGAAGAUGAAUGUCUGGCUAAAUGAACUAGAGUCUUGGUGUAGCCAGGCAACUGAAGAGUUUGUAGGAUCUUCAUGGGAUGAACUCAAACACACAAGACAAGCCUUAGUGCUCUUGGUUACAGAACAGAAGUCCACAAUUACAUAUGAUGAUCUUACGACUAACCUCUGCCCGGCUCUUAGUACUCAGCAAUUGUAUAGAAUAUGUAUCCUCUGCAAAAUUGAUGAUCACGAGGAUCAGAAUGUAUCUCCAGACGUGAUUUCCAACUUGAAACUUCUAAUUACAGAUGAAGACGAAGACAGUCGUUCGUUCUUGUUAGACAAUGAUUCCAGCAUCCCCUUUGCAGCCGAUGAAAUCUCCAACUCUAUGCAAGAAAAAGACUUUACCAAUGUAAAACCAGCUGUGGAACUCGCUGAUAAUCCGAAUUUCCACUUUCUGAAGGACUGAGAUUGUACAGUAAUCCCUUGCACAGUUUUACGAUUUGUAGUAUCUUGAUCGAUUUCGUCGUCUAGGCUUUAAUAGGGCAUGUUUUGAUUUGAUUCGUAUACGUUAAUUAUCUUCAGGGUGGUGGUAAUGUUAAAGCCAGCCACUAUCUUACUUGUAAGGCAAGAAACUUCUCUAUGUAGAACAAAGAUUAGAAAUCAGUUUUGUAACUUUAGUCCCUUAUUGGGUCAGAGAUUCAUAAUUGGCCUUGCGAUAUUGUUCAA